CAACCGUAGCAACCGCUUGUAAACAAGCGUGGCUUCGGCGGUGUUUCAUAAACAUGAGACGUGACCGCUUCAGAUUAAUAAUAUUGUUUCAGCUUGCGCUUUUGGUCGUCGACGUAGCGCUCAACGUUUUGUCAGACGUCCGCAGAGAUUCACCAGUUACUUUGCUGCUGCUUUUCAUCAUUCAAGAUUUCUGCAUUGUGUCGAGCCUGCUGGUCAUGUGUCUCACAAUUUUCAAUACUUAUGCCUUCCAAGUCGGGGAGUUUAGGGAGGUCGCCACGACCUUCAAGACGCCGGUCGUCGUCAACCUCGUCUACUUGGCUCUGUCGCUGGCACUUCACGUGUGGUCGAUGGAAAUAGAUGAAGAUGGGUCAUCCAAGAAGCUGCAGCUUUCACGGGAAACCACAGCUGCUGAUGUCACAUUGUUCACACUUCAGAGAUUCGCCGGUGUGUGGCACUACUACUUCUACAAGAAGACCGCUCUGCUCAUGGCCGAUGAUCGACUGUACCAUCCGAGCGACAGGCUUCCUACAAUGAAGCGCCUCGAAGUAACGGCAGAGCUGCAAACGUGACGUCGGCACGUUCACGCAGAGAGAGAUGCAAGAGUCUUGAAACGUUGAAACAAUAGUUUUUAAUUCUAUAUCGGCAACCGGUGCAGCUGUUGGCGGGAGAAAAAUCUACGGCAGAGGCAUGCAUCGUCUAUCCUUCGCUGUCCGGAGGGAUGCCAAGCUCUGCAUCCGUAAAUGAGCUUGCCGGUGGCCGAAGGAAGUGACCCUGAAAGGACAACAUCAAUGUUAGAUGGAAUUCAACACCAUUAGCGAAAAAUAUGUAAAUCCUGAAUAGACUUUUUUUUUA